AUGUUCAUACUCAUGUUAUGGGCUUUUGCCUUUGCUCACCCCAUCAACGCCAUACCCACUAGGCCCGCCACCUCCAUCAAAAAGCGUUGCAGUAAUAUCUUGCAGAACCAUUCCUUCGAAUCAGGCCUGUAUCCGUGGCUCGACAUUGUUUUCGGGCCCUGGGCUGAACGCGGCGUCUUCACCUCCGCACAGGGUGGCCACAACAGCAGGCAGUUCUACCUCAUCCACUCCAACGCCACGGUGUCACAUGGCACUGUCGCACUGUCGCAGUCAGGACUUUCAAUUCCUGCUGGGACGACAGUGGAUUGCUCGGCGUGGAUAGCCAGCAAUCACCCAGGAGGUUCAGACAAUACAAGCGUCGAGCUUUUCAUCGACGAGGUUUCUUGCGGCGCUCCCGUAUCUCUGAGCACUCAUCCGUGGAUCAAAGUUAAUGGCAAGGCGACUGUUAGUCAGGACAGUCAUACAUUUUCCAUUGUCGUCACCAGCGAAGUUACCGGGUCCGACGGCUCAACGACGUGGGUGGACGAUGCCUUUGUAGGCAUGGGAUGUUAG